AUGUCGAUAAUAGAAGCUUUCCUUCCACUCGAUUUGGUUAUGUUCUUCAUAGAAAACCACAUCCACGUUGCCAGGGUAAUGCAUAUACAUAACAGCAUGAUGAACUGCAUGCAUACUAAGAAGGCACCUCGGUAUGGGCUUUUGUCCCAAUACCAACAGACCAUAGCGACGAGGAAUUCUAGGACGGAGACGUCAAGGAAAACGAGAGGUAACCAAGCCACCAGCGAGUCUCCACGAGUCGCCUGCUCGACUCCCUCAAAUCGAAAUAGCAGCAUCACAGCCGUAACCGCCGAAAUGGUGCUUGUGAUGGUUGAACUGCAUAGCAGACCUUCGGAAACUGAUGCCAAGGUUGAUGUUGCUGGAUGGAACUCUGGCAGAGAGAGGGCAGUGACAGAGACGGCGGCGACUAAGCUACCAGCAAAAGCAAACAGCCUGUAG